GUGAAAUUAAGUAGUAUGGAUUUCACAAUGGAAGAAGAAGAAGAGAGUCUGGCCAUGCAAAUGGUGAGUGCUUCUGUUCUGCCCAUGGUAUUGAAAGCAGCAGUCGAACUCCAUGUGUUCGACGUAAUAGCCGAAGCCGGUCCCGGCGCGAGCCUCUCCCCUCUAGACAUUGCUUCUCGUCUCCUCACUCAGAACCCAGAUGCACCCUCUCUCCUCGAUCGUAUGUUGCGUCUUCUGGUUUCCCACUCUCUUCUCACUUGCACUGUACUCAGCCAUGACCACAGGGUCUAUAGCUUGGCACCUGCCUCCAAACUGUUUGUCAAGAACAAGGAUGGAGCGUCCCUGGCUCCCUUGCUGCAUCUUAUCCAAGAUGACGCUUUAAUUAAGAGCUGGUACUACUUGAAGGAUUCAAUUCUGGAAGGAGGUGAACCUCUAUUCUACAAGGCACAUGGAGAGAACGUUGUGGACUACCUUGGCAAGAACCCUAAACUGGGUGAGGUUUUCAGAAGCUCAAUGUUUGAAUUCAACGAUCUCCUCAUGAAGAAAGUUCUUGAUACAUACAAAGGUUUUGAAGGCCUACAAGUUCUGGUUGAUGUAGGCGGAGGGACUGGACAAAUCCUCAGCAUGAUUGUUUCCAAAUAUCCAUCCAUUAAAGGCAUCAAUUUUGAUAUGCCUCAUAUCAUAGAAAGAGCGCCCCCUUGUUCGGGCGUGGAGCAUGUCGGAGGAGAUAUGUUUACAAGUAUUCCUAAAGGUGAUGCAAUUUUCAUGAAGUCCAUAAUUCACGGAUGGGGUGAUGAACACUGCCUGAAAUUACUGAAAAAUUGCUAUGAAGCACUACCAGAUUAUGGGAAGGUGAUUGUUGUGGAAUUGAUUGCUCCGACCUCCCCAGAGAUAAAUGUUGCUACUAAAGGCAUUUUACAGAUGGAAAUGUUCAUGACAAAUAUGAACUCUAAAGGAAAGGAGAGGACAGAAGAAGAAUUUACAGCUUUGGCAAGAGAAGCUGGAUUUGCCGGUAUUAGUGUGGCUUGUUGUGCUUACACCUUCUCUGUCAUAGAAUUCUACAAAUAAAUGUAAUAGUUACCAUCAUUUUAUUCAUGCUGAAAUAAAUUUGAUUUGGACA